UAGCCCCGCCCAGUGAAAACAGUUGAAAGCCGAAAUUAAUGGAACCUGUCAAUUACAAAGUAACUCAGUUACGAAUUGUAUUUAAUGUGGCCUCAUUUAAACAUUUUAUAUAAUUUGGGGCGAGGCCUCCAGAAGUCUCUGAAUUAAAAUGGCCUGGACUGAGGAAAAGAUGGGAGGUGGAGGUUAAGUGCCUAAAGAUGAGAAACACAGAUCUCUGUUUGAGCUCAGAAGGAACUGAGGUGAUUUUAGCUACAUCAAGUGAUGAAAAACAUCCACCUGAAAAUAUGAUUGAUGGGAAUCCAGAAACAUUUUGGACCACCACAGGAAUGUUCCCCCAGGAGUUCAUUAUUUGUUUUCACAAACAUGUAAGGAUUGAAAGGCUUGUAAUCCAAAGUUACUUUGUGCGGACCUUGAAGAUUGAAAAGAGCACAUCUAAAGAGCCUGUAGAUUUUGAGCAAUGGAUUGAAAGAGAUCUAGUACACACAGAUGGGCAGCUUCAAAAUGAAGAAAUUUUAGUACAUGAUGGCCAUGCCACUUACUUGAGGUUCAUUAUUACAUCAGCCUUUGAUCAUUUUGCAUCUGUGCAUAGUAUUUCUGCAGAGGGGAUAACUGUCUCAGGUCUUCCUUAGUAACAAUAUCAAAAUAUUCUUGCAUGACUUUUUAACAGUGUAUUUAUUUAAACAUGAACUUGUCGCUGAUAUACUGAUAUACUUUAUUAAAGGCAUUUAUAUCAGUCUGCUUAAGUCUUUA